GGCGGGGAGCGGAGGGCCCAGCUGCACCCUCACGCCACCUCCAGGGCCAUGCCUUUCUGCCGCCUUCCUGCGUGGUCCUCACAGCCAGUCCCGUGGUUCCCUAGCACGGCCGUUGCUGACUUGCCACAGGCUGCUAUGGCAUUCCCUCACCUGCAACAGCCCAGCUUUCUCCUGGCAAGCCUGAAAGCCGAUUCUGUGAAUAAGCCCUUUGCACAGCGUUGCCAAGACUUGGUGAAAGUCAUUGAGGAUUUUCCAGCCAAGGAACUGCAUGCCAUCUUCCCAUGGCUGGUGGAGAGCAUCUUUGGCAGCCUGGAUGGUGUCCUUGUUGGUUGGAAUCUCCGAUGCCUCCAGGGGCGUGUGAACCCUGUGGAGUACAGCAUAGCAAUGGAAUUUCUAGACCCAAGUGGCCCCAUGAUGAAGUUGGUUUAUAAGCUUCAAGCUGAAGACUAUAACUUUGACUUUCCUGUCUCCUGCCUUCCUGGCCCUGUGAAGGCAUCCAUCCAGGAGAAUGUUCUCCCCGACAGUCCUCUCUACCACAACAAGGUUCAGUUUCCCCCCACCGGAGGCAUUGGCUUGAACCUGGCCCUCAAUCCAUUUGAAUACUAUAUGUUCUUCUUUGCUCUGAGCCUCAUCUCUCAAAAGCCUAUGCCUAUGUCCCUCCAUGUUCGUACUUCAGACUGUGCCUAUUUCAUCCUGGUGGACAGGUACCUGUCGUGGUUCUUGCCCACUGAAGGCAGUGUGCCUCCACCACUCUCCUCCAGCCCAGGGGGGUCCAGCCCCUCACCAGCUCCCAGGACCCCAGCCAUGCCCUUUGCCUCCUAUGGGCUCCACACCAGCCUCUUGAAGCGACACAUCUCUCAUCAGACAUCUGUGAAUGCAGACCCUGCGUCCCAUGAGAUCUGGCGGUCAGAAACUCUGCUCCAGGUUUUUGUUGAAAUGUGGCUUCAUCAUUAUUCCCUGGAAAUGUACCAGAAAAUGCAGUCCCCUCAUGCCAAGUUGGAAGUUCUACACUACCGACUCAAUGUCUCCAGCGCCCUCCACAGCCCUGCCCAACCCAGCCUCCAGGCCCUCCACGCCUAUCAAGAGUCCUUCACGCCUACGGAGGAGCACGUGCUGGUGGUGCGCCUGCUGCUGAAGCACCUCCACGCCUUUGCCAACAGCCUGAAGCCAGACCAGGCUUCCCCGUCGGCACACUCCCAUGCCACCAGCCCCCUGGAGGAGUUCAAACGGGCUGCAGUGCCGCGGUUUGUCCAGCAGAAGUUAUAUGUCUUCUUACAGCACUGUUUUGGCCACUGGCCUCUGGAUGCAUCCUUCAGAGCCGUCCUGGAGAUGUGGCUGAGCUACCUGCAGCCAUGGAGGUAUGCCCCUGAGAAGCAGGCUCAGAGCAGUGAUGCCCAGCCACGGUCCGUGUCAGAGAAAUGGGCACCCUUCAUCCAGGAAAACCUGCUGAUGUACACCAAACUGUUUGUGAGCUUCCUGAAUCGUGCACUCCGCACAGAUCUGGUCAGCCCAAAGAACGCACUCAUGGUAUUCCGAGUGGCUAAGGUCUUUGCCCAGCCCAACCUGACUGAGAUGAUCCAAAAAGGAGAGCAGCUAUUCCUGGAGCCAGAGCUCAUCAUUCCCCACCGCCAACAUCGUCAUUUCACCAUCACCAGCAGCUUCCUGUCACCAUGGCCCCCAGUUGUGACAGAUGCCUCAUUCAAGGUGAAGAGCCAUGUCUACAGUCUGGAGGGCCAGGACUGCAAAUACACCCCAAUGUUUGGUCCUGAAGUCCGGACCCUGGUCUUGCGCCUUGCUCAGCUCAUCACUCAGGCCAAGCAGACUGCCAAAUCCAUCUCUGAUCAGUGUGUGGAAAGCCCCGCUAGCCGUUCCUUCCUGUCAUGGCUGGGUUUUGGCACCACAGACCCAAAUAGCUGCUACCCAUGCAAUGAUCUGGAUGAGAUGGGUCAGGACAGUGUCCGCAAGACAGAUGAGUACCUGGAGAAGGCCCUGGAGUACCUGCGCCAGAUAUUCCGACUCAGUGAAGCCCAGCUGGCCCAACUCACGCUUGCCUUGGGAAACGCACGGGACGAGAAUGGGAAGCAGCAGCUACCAGAUUGCAUUGUGGGGGAAGAAGGACUCAUCCUUACACCCCUGGGCCGCUACCAGAUCAUUAAUGGUCUGCGAAGGUUUGAAAUUGAGUACCAGGGGGAUUUAGAGCUGCAGCCCAUCCGAAGCUACGAAAUCACCAGUCUGGUCCGAGCACUCUUCCGACUGUCCUCUGCAAUCAACCGCAGAUUUGCAGGCCAGAUGGCAGCUCUGUGCUCCCGGAAUGACUUCCUUGGCAGCUUCUGUCGUUAUCACCUCACUGAGCCAGCCCUGAGCAACAGACAUCUGCUGAGCCCUGUGGGGCGGAGGCAGGUGACCAGUCCUGCCCGGGGCCCCAGGCUCAGCCUGCGUUUCCUGGGCAGUUACCGGACGCUGCUCCUGCUUCUGAUGGCUUUUUUUGUGGCCUCUCUGUUCUGUAUUGGACCCCUGUCCUGCUCCUUGCUCUUGGUCCUCGGCUACCUCCUCUAUGCCAUAGCUAUGACACUGCUCACUGAGCGGGGGAAGCUGCACCAGCUCUGACCUGCUGACAUUUCUCCUGAGCAGACUUGUGGGAGUCGAUACAUGACCCAUUCCUGGGCCUGAAAGACCCUGGAAGCUUGCUUCAAAGCCAGGAAUAGAGGGGUAGGUCAUCUUCAGAGUUCUUGGGAGUGGGGUUCCUGCAAAGAUGGAGUUACUCAGAGGAACCUAAAGUAGGAAGGAGUGUUCCAGCUAGGACUGUAAGGGAUGACGUCAGAAGGCUCAAGGGCCAUUCUGUAGGACAAUCAGUGCUGGCCAUUGGUCCUCACCUUCAGCCUAAGGUCCCACAAGUGACUAAGCUAGUAAUCAAGGCCUUGGUAACCAUUUUACUGUUUUGCUGUGCAGAGCUCAGGAGCUAGUGUGCCCACAGCAAGCUCUAAGCCUGGGCUCUGUGGGAGCUAGUCCUUCCCUGGCCUCUCUGAGGUAGGCAGAAUGGGUUCCAGGCCCCACAGUGCCACGUGGCAGGCAAGUGUUGAAGAUGGCCACUGGUCCUCAGCCACUUGGGGAUGGAGUUGGGUCCUUCCAGCUUCUGUGGACACAAUGCAGCAGUGUUGGAUUCACCUGUAAAACCAAGGACUUCUAGGGAAGGUCACCUUUGUAACACAACGGCUCUGUGAAAGAAGGAUACCUUGACAGUCAAAAGCCCAGACACCUGAGGCCUCAUGGCUGUCCCUCAGGUGACACAAGCAGCAGCAGCAUCUCCAUGGUGUUUUUAAAGCAGCCCUUUGUUCUGGGUGUGCACAGCUGUUGUUAAAAACAAAACAAACUUUUUUUUCAAGUUUUAACACUGGGCUUUGUAUUUCAAUGUAAUUUCAGAAUACAUCAUGGGACCCAUGACCAAAAGUCGACCCAAAACAUAACUGACCAAACCAAGGAUCCGAAUAAACCAUUCUUCGGAGACCUU